AUGCGCUCAGUUGGGCCUGCUGAUGAUAAACAUGAAAAGAAACCUAUGUUGAAGACGGGAUCUAGAAGCGAUCUCUCUAAAAACGGCGCUAUCGAAAUUCCAGAGCCUCUAGUAGAUAAUGCAGUUCAGCCAAAUACUGAAAAGGUAUGGUUGAAGAGACAGCUUGUCAAGUUAUAUGCUCUGCAAUCGGUCAUAGGAGUAAUCUCUAUAGCAGUUUUGAUAGCCAUAAUAAUAUUAAUAUAUUCUGUUUAUCAUACGACAAAUAGCUCUCUGUUUCAAUCACAAAAUGAUACGUUAUCAGAUAGUUAUAAAGAACAACUAAAUUCAAAAACAGAUAACGAGAAAACCUCUGACAGUUAUCCAUGGUACGACAAGACCUGUGCAUCUGUUGGAGUGUGCAAAAGGAAAGGUUAUACGCAGCCUCCACUUCUCAUAAUAAGCUUUGAUGGUUUUUCUUACAAAUACAUGAAGAAAAAAAUAAUGAAGUCUCUAACCUAUUUCUCCAAUUGUGGAGUGAAAGCUGAGAGAGUCAUUCCAUGUUUCCCAUCCAGAACUUUCCCCAAUCAUUAUGCCAUUGCGACUGGACUAUAUCCUGAAUCUCAUGGAAUAGUUGAUAACAACAUUUAUGAUCCAACUAUAGCACCCAUUCCACAAAGUACAAAAAACACUAAACACGAUGAACUUUGGAUGGGAACACCAAUAUGGAAAGCUUACCAUGAUCAGACAAACAAGAAAACAGCAUGUUUGUUUUGGCCAGGAUGCGCUUACAACAUUUCUGGUUACAAACCUGAGCAUUCCCCUACCUAUGAUAAGUCAGUUGCUCUUGAUGACAGAUUCGAGCUGGUUCACAAGUGGUUAGCAGAGGAAGAUCAUCCUGAGCUAGUCCUUGCAUAUGUUGAACAACCAGACUCUGCAGGACAUAAUCAGAAGUCAGAAAAAGAAGUUGAUGAUGCGUUGGAGGAGUUGGAUCAUGUAUUGAACAAGUUUUUGACAAAUCUUCACAAUGACAAUCUUCUUGAUUGUAUCAAUAUAGCUAUUGUUUCUGAUCAUGGCAAGUAUCAACACAAACUUACAGUUUCAUUUAUAAUUUUAGGCAUGCAAUUGCUCGAAAAUCUAGUGUACAUCCCGGACUUCGUAGAAACAGAAAGUGUUGUUGCUACUUCGGGUGUUAUUGGGCGACUUUUCUCAACUAACUUAACUUCCGAUGAACUGUCUGAACCGUUCACUUGUCAGAAGGUAGAAGGAGUUCGUGUUUUCACCAGAGAAACGAUGCCUGUUCGCAAACACCAUGCCAAAAUUCCUCGAGUUGGGGACGUGAUUCUCCAAGGUGAACCUGGGACAACUUUUGAUAUUAAAAAAAGAGGAAUGUUGGCUGCUGACCAUGGUUAUGACAUAAUCCAUGACAAUAUGCAUACUAUUUUCUUCGCUAGAGGGCCUUCUUUCAAGAAGAAUUUCACUAUUUCCCCCUUCCAGCAUGUAGAGUAUAUGAAUUUGUGGACAGAGCUUUUGAAAUUAGAACAUGUACCUAAUAAUGGUUCUAAUGGUUUUAUGGAUGUAUUGAUGGUUGAUCCUCCGAUAAGACAAGCCUUACCUACUCUCAGCUUGCAAGAGUGCGAAAAAACAGGGGAAUCUUUAGUGAGUUUCUGUGAGAAAUGUGAUUCCCGAACGAAGAAGUCUAUAACAGAAAGUUUAUCUAACUGCGACCAAAUAAAAAGCGACUACCUCAGUUUUGAAAGUUCAGCAGGUUCCAGUUGUGUUAGGAACUAUUGCAGAAAUGCUGUUCUGGGAGCUUCAUCAAAGACACCAGCGGUUUUGGAGGAAAUUCAUCGGUCUGACCUGUUGAACGCCCCGAGUUGCGGAAUAGCAGUUUCGAAAUACGAAAGCUCUCCCGUUUGUGCUUCCAGUACAAAUACGUACUUGAGCUCAAAUAUAAAAUCUCGUUUUGGGAAAAUAAAUGAAGCAAAUUUCAACGCUACCAGUGGAUUUGUAGAAACUGUUUUGAACCCUCUCAACACUCUUACUUUGAACUAUGUAAGAAAAUUCGGACUCAUUUGGACGAUGAGUGGUUUAGCGUUUGACAAAAAUAUGGAUGGGUUAGCUGACGUCGAACAGGACCAGCCCACCCAUUUUUACCGCACACUGUUCUACUGUACUUCCUUAAAUAAGGGAGUAUGCAAGGACGUGGAUAUCAUAUCUUUUAUUUUCCCACUUAUGAAUAUAGAUGUCAACUGUUUGACUACAGAACAACUCUUGAUCGAGUACACGGCAAGGCUCAGAGACAUAGAAAUCAUCAGUGGUUAUAAAUGGAAACCAAAUAAUUUAUCUCAUCAUCGUUAUCAUAGUCUAAGAAUUCAUAUCAACUUAGCUAUUAUUUGA